GUUUUUCGUAGUCUUUCAAAAAACUCGAACAAGUACAUUGAUGAUCUCUCUUGCGAGAGAAAAGGGGAAUUGAAACAUGAUGAAAGGAGCGUUAUGAAUACGAGAAUAAAAACUGCAUACAAUUGGACAUUUAAAGGAUUGGAAGUCGAGAAAUUUAAAGAUAAAAUUAUUUAAUUUAAAAAUUGUAAAUUUAGGUUUAAAAACGUCUCGAACAUGCUGUCUGACCCAUAAAUUUCGAUCGCAAUUGUUAAUUAAAAUAAAAACGAGAUUAGAGAUUAGAGACUGUAGGGACGUCGGUGCAGUGGAUUUUUUCGAUUUUUCCAAAUUGUCCCCGAGCUAGCUGCUGGAUAAUUUCUUGCUGUGAUAUCAAUGUGCUCCAAAAAACGUAUUAUAUUUUUUUACGAGCGAAUAGUCGUAGCAGACGGUAGUAAAUUGAAUCUGUGAACGAGGUUACUGACCUCUGAGUCGAGGACCUCGUGGAUACCCUGUAUGCUCGUUGUGACAAGAAUCAUUUUAAACUUUGUCAACUUUUCAAAACACCUUUCCCACGCUUUAAAACAUCUCAGCGCCUCCGCGUCUUUCGGGUCGUGUAUUCCCUCGCUUUAUUUAUGACGUUUAUCCACCCUCGCUACGUUCUCGCGUUGCUUAUGGAGCCUGUUCUUAAUUUCAGAUUUUCUUCCAUCUGACUCGAAAAAACUUAACGCACCUACACUACACCAAAGGAGCAGCCUCUUUUCUUCAUCGUUUCUUUAUCUGUUUAUAGUCUUGGCUUGAAAAAUUCUACCCUGUUGGGGAAGAGGGGAAGGGGCGAGGGGUCCCUGGAGCCCAGCCUCCCCCCUGCUGCAGAAGGAAAAUGCGGUUGGAACUAUAAAUACUAGUUUUCGUCACAGCAUCGGUUCAUAAGUCGACGAAUUCUGGUGAGGAUUGGAUCGCUGGGACUGGUAGAAUUAAACGGUUCUCCAGUAGUUCCACGAGUAAACCGACGAGGCUGUUCUCAGUCUCAUUCCCAGGAUGAUGCGCAUCAGUUUUCUUUUCAUUGGUGCCCUCUUGGCAUUCGCUGUUGCGGAGGAUGAUGAAUUUAUUCGGCCGCUGGAAGGUAUGAAAGGAUUGAGCGUGAGAUGCGAUACCGAAGAAAAAUUGGCGACCGUAAAUUCGUACGUGGGCUAUGAGGAUUUUGAUUUUCUGAGUCUCUCAAAGAAGCUCGGGGACGAGAUCAAAGUGCUUGUUGCCGCAACUUCUUUCGAUGAGUUUACAACUGUACUCACCAAAAAUCAGAUCAAUCACACUGUUUUUAUCCAAGAUGUUUUGAAGGAAAUCGAAAAUGAUUAUACUGAAAAUGAAAUUGCUAGGACGCGCUGUUUCUGGGUAUUUGGUAACUACACGUCGUCCGUGAAGGAUGACUGGUUAACUUUUUAUCCCUCCUACGCAGAUAUCGAAAAACAGUUGGUUGACUUACAUAAAGCAUACAAAAAUAUCACGACUCUGACAAGUAUCGGUACUUCGUACGAAGGGAGAAUGAUUUACGGUUUGAAAAUCUCGAGUCGCCCAGCCGAGAACGGGAAACCGAUGAUCCUGAUAGACGCCGGUAUGCACGCUCGUGAAUGGAUCACACCUGUUACUGCGAUGAACAUUAUUAAUCAAUUGGUCAAAAACGAUGACAACAGAGGCUUAUACGAGAAAGUCGAUUGGUUCAUUAUACCGGUCCUUAAUCCAGAUGGCUAUGAAUUCUCGCGCUCGAAGAGGGGAAACCGAUUGUGGAAAAAACACGUUCCCGUACUCCUAAGCCGAACUGUUUCGGAGUUGAUCUCAACCGGAACUUUGAUUACCAAUGGAUCCGUUGGUGCUUCGGAAAAUCCUUGCCACGAUAGUUAUGCUGGUUCGAAACCCUAUUCGGAACCCGAAAGUCUGGCUCUUAGUGAUUUUAUGAUCACGCAUAACGAAACGAUCGCGGGUUAUUUCAGUCUUCGCGCUAGCGCAAAAGCGGGCGAACAAUUCAUUCUUUAUCCUUGGGGAUGGACGUUGGACUCGAUAGACGAAGAAAACUAUCUUCGUGAGCUUGCCAUAAAGGCUGUAACGAAAAUCUACAGCGUAAGGGAAAAAUAUUACAAGGUCGGAAGCAUCGCCACAGUAUUGAAUCCUGAAGCUGGUGGCAGCGUUGAUUUCGCCGGGGCAACGUCUACCUUUCCAUUGUUGACCUACGCGAUCUAUUUGCCGGCCGAAGGUAGCUACGGAUACAAUCCUCCACAAAGUGCUUUCAAGCCCAUCGGCAUCGAGAUCUUUGAGGCAUUCAAAGUCUUUGGAAAUGAUGUCGCCACUUAUACGAUAAACAACGACACUGGACGAAAAGAAAAAAACUUUAAGAGAUCUCUCCGAGAAUAGUCUAUUUUUUAAGACAAUUAUUACAAUAAUUAAAAUCGAAAAUAAGUAGAAUCGUAUCGGGUAUCGUAACUGGUGAAAAACAAUUGACUUGGCGUUCCCUAAAAA